CCGAACCCUUCCAGAUGCCUGUUGUGAUUGUGAUCCGAACAUUUUAUUUUAAGAGCUACAGUAUAUAUUGUCUUGCGCAGUAGAUCGAACUCUUGAACUAUUGUUAUAGAAACAAACCGGAAUAGUCCAUUCUCUCGUUGAAUCUCAAAUUAGAGCAUACCACAGAUUCCAAAAAUGGCACAAUAUCUUAAGAAAGUUGCAAUCAAUUGCGACAUGGGAGAGGCAUUCGGGAGGUGGAAACUGGGACCGGACGACGAGCUAGUAAAGGUUAUCGACUACGCCAAUGUGGCAUGCGGUUUCCACGCUGGGGAUCCUACUACAAUGCUGAAAACCAUUCGACUUGCGAAAGAGCAUGGAGUAGCUGUUGGUGCCCACCCGGGACUGCAAGAUCUACUCGGAUUCGGUCGCAGAAAAAUCGAAAUCCACCCAGACGAUAUGUACACAAUGAUCCUAUAUCAAGUCGGCGCGCUCAAGGCCAUGCUGGACGCAGAAGAUGUUCCGCUAAACCACAUCAAGCCACAUGGAGAACUAUUCUUCUACAUGCAGCGAGAUCUGGCUAUCAUGGAUGCCGUGCUUAGGGCGUGCGCCGUAUUUAAAGUGCCCAUUUUCGGUGCGAAAGGCACCAAGCACCAGGGUGCCAUGUGCAGGAAGUACGACUUGAUCUUCGUGGAAGAGGCGUAUGUAGACACACAGUACAACAAAGACGGGGUACUCCAGUCAGUUGCGGCGAGCAACUUAGCUACGGUGGAAGACGUUUACGAGCGGACUAGGUCCGUCUGUUUCGAGGACUCUGUGAAGGAAAAGGAGGGCUCCAUGAUCAGACUCGGCUUUGAAGAACAGCCUUUCUUGUUCUGCAUUCAUUCCGACAUGCCGACUGCGCUUGACAAUGCUAAGGCGUGUAGAAAGUCAGUGGAUGAAUACAAUAUUAAGAAAGCUAUGAUCGCCGACUCAGCUGUUGCCGUUAUCCACUCCGAAAUGGUAGACGGCACGUAG